AUGUCAUAUUCAGCGGUAGAUCGACGCCGCAUUUAUCUUGCUUGCAGACCUAUUUUUGCGGGAAAUAACGCACUGCUGCGAAAACCCAAAAAAAUUCGCGAGUUCCUGUUGAUGCACCUGAAAUCAAUCCAACCAUUAGUCCAAGAUUUUCCAAUCGAGACGGUCGCCGAUAUAGUCAAAGUCUUGCUUGAACGGCGUAUAUUUCAGUCGGAUGUCAAAGCUAAGCUCGAGUUUCCAGAGCUGUUCCACUCGUCUCCUGCAAGAGAUGCUCAACGAGCUACAUCAGAGAACGAUGCCGCAAGAUCAGUUGCCGAGGCGCUAGAGGAAGUGGCUUCGCGAGAGGAUAACAGUAAAUCGGAUGAUGAAGAACAGGAAGCGCUAGAAGAUGCAAUUCAGAAUUCCAAUAAUUUUCGGCUUGUGUUUGAUGAAGAUUCGACACCGAAAGAGCAGCCAUUGCAUAAUAUUUCCUUAUAUCCAACAUUUUUUCCAUAUCGUGCCCAACAUGCCAUCCUUUCGAAGGUACAGUCCGUUUUGGAAGAUUGCUGCUUUGAGUUUGUGCGUAAAUGGCAACCGUCAAUCUUGGAAGAUCGUGCGUGGGACUGUGCUGCGGCCGUGGAGUUGACAAAGUGGACAAGGAUGCUUGCUAAGAAGGCAGAGAAGUUUCCCGGGCAUGCGUUUAAAAUCGGUAAUGCAUCACUGAACGAAAUUCUCUUUGCCACCCACAAGCUACGUCACACUGCUGUGCAUCGACUUCCUACCACCUGUCUUGGAGUUGAAGCCCUUGUGAAAUCUGCGGUCAUCCUGGCUGAGACGCUCCAAGAUCCGCUGCGAACUGCCAAGCUCGAAGACUUACGACUCGAGGUCGACAGCAAGAUCAAAUCGAUGGAGCUCAAUAAAAACUUUCUAGAGAGUACACUGAGCCAAGAACUGCAGAAGAUACAACGACAACGAGAUGAUCUUGAUUUGCAGGAGAAAGAAUUGAGGGAGAGGAUCACCCGUGAUGACUGCGAGAACAAAAUCUUCAUUGGAGAUUUGCUGGAGGAUUGUGUAAUUAAACUUUUUGACGUUGAACCUAUCAGUCCAGGUGAUGCGGAUCAAAUAUCGGACGGCGAGGAGGAUUAA